AUGUUCGUCACACCGCUGCUGCGCAACGCAGGCGCAUCCAGCUCCAAAGCUGCCACCGCAUCCGCUUUCUCGCAGGCACACAAGUCGUACGUCAAGUCGCUCUACCGACGCUACCUCAAGAACUCGCUCGACUGGUGCAUCCGUAGGGAUGUAUGGAGAGACCGUGCUAUCGAGAUUCGUGUCGCCUUUGAACGUAACCGCAACAUCCGCAACCCAAGGGAGCUGGCUACUCUGUUCGAAAAGGCCGAGAAGGAAUUGAAGCGAGUUCAGCAUCCCGAUCCACACCGACCUGCUAUGUUCGAAGAUGGUACCAAAUGGGAGCGCAACCUUCCACCUCCCAUGUUUUCCGAAGCCGAGAAGAAGGCUGCUCUCGAAGCACAGCACCAUUAG